CCUGCUGGUUCAUUCUGAUGUAAAUGUUGAUCAGAUCAACAAGAAGCUGCAGGUGAAUCUGGAGGCUCAUCUGAGCGCUGAUAUACGACAUCACAUCUCAUUUAUACCGGACAAAAGACAUCCACUAAACUGAGCAAAAAUGCCUUUGGCUAAAGAUCUGCUGCACUCCAGUCUGGCCGAGGAGAGGAGGAAACAUAAGAAGAAGAGGCUGGUGCAGAGUCCCAACUCCUACUUCAUGGAUGUCAAGUGCAUGGGCUGCUACAGGAUCACCACCAUCUUCAGUCACGCCCAGACAGUUGUACCAUGUGCAGGCUGCUCCAUAAUCCUCUGCAGGCCUCGAGGCGGGAAAUGCAAACUAACCGCUGGUUGCGCCUUUCGAAGGAAAUACACCUGAACAACAACCCUCCCCAUAAGAAGAAUGCAGCAGAAAGGACCAAGAAGUCACGCUCUGCAUCUAAAAUCAUAAAUAGAGAAAUCACCUCCAUCGGAGUGAAACUUCACCCCCUCGUGGGGUUUAAUGGAUCAUCAGAGGUUCUAUGUGAGACAGACCGAGGAUCAUGUGCAUGCAUUUACACUCCUGUAGGCGCUGUAGGUCUGAACUGUACAAAUAUCUAAUUAACGCGAUGAAGCACUUAAUGAAGCGACAUUUGCACUAUUUCAGAAAUAAGACAAAAUUCAGAACCAUCAAAUUGCACAAAAAAAGUCAAAGGAGUCGUGAUUUCUGUAAAACAUUUAUUAGGUUGACAUGGAGGGUGGCGUGGGGCGGUGAGUGAAAUAUUUCAAGGAGAUGGUCUCAGUCAAAUGUGAGGCGCUUUUCCGUGGCCAUGGCAUGAGAUGAAACCACGAAGACCAUCACAAACAAAAAAAUAAAACAUUUGAGGAAUUAA